GUGAAUUUACUGGGUAACAUAGUUCUGUUAUGAUUUACGAAAUAUGUCCGCUUUUUACAUGAUGGGUGACCUCGAAUGUGUGAAAUUUGUUGUUUGUUAAUUACUUUACGGAAUCGUAUCAUGUUUUUAAAUAAUAUUUGUCAAACGAGCGUUGUGUGAAUUCUUCCCGAGACUUACGUCUUGUGGCUGAUCAAGGGAGCAAAGAAAUGCUUGUCACUUACUUAGAAGCAGGAUGGGGAAAAAACGUGCCAUUGCAGAGAAGAUGUCCCGUCACCAGCAAAAACACAAAGGCAAGUCAGUAGCGACAGGGAAGAAACUGUGUAGCGCCCACAAGACAGGUUCAAAACAAGUAAAAAGAUGCAACUGUCUUUCGCCAAAAAAUAAUAAUAAAAAAGUUAAUAAAGUUGCAAAAGUUACAGUUAAAAAGAAACUAUCCAAAGUGAAUAAAAAAACAGUUGCAGUAAAAUUACUGGAAGUGAUAAAGGCAGAUAAAGUUUCUAAGAAAAAGUUAUCGAGUGUGCGAGAGUUGGUCAAGUUACAUGAUAAAGCUCCAAAGAAGUCAAACGAAAAAACGAAAAGCACUACAGAGACAACAGGAAAGAAAAUUUCCGAGACAAAGAGAAAUUUGAAAUGCCACAAGAAACAUAAGCAUGACCCAGACACUUGUCGUGAGGGAACAGUUAGAUCUUCCAGGUCACGUUCAUCACCUUCCCUGGUCUUGCAAGACUUGAAACACUGUCAAAGACGGAAGUCAAUGCCGUUGUCCAGGAAAGGAAAGUAUUUGGCCAGGACGAGAGGCAAGAUAAAGUCUGCGUCAAGCGACGAGGCACCUGCUCCCGAAUCUGUGGGCGUGCCUGAGAGUGAAGGGCCUACGAAGAAGGCUCGUCCCGUACGGUCGAAACUGAACAGGAGGCAUGGUAUGCUCUUGGCACAAACAGAAGUUUCUGGGACUCAGAGUCUGGGCAGCCCUUCAGGGUCAAAGGCAGGUGGCACAUCGACCCCUGAAUGCCCAUGCUUCAUUAGUAUCAACAGUGAAGACGAAUACUCACCUAGGAAUUGUAAAAAACGGAAGUUGUUUCACGAGUCGCCGGGUGCUUUGCCGUGUCACGAUGGUGCAGAAGACAUUGCCGAGCACUCAGGUACUGAAGAUUUUCUUGGCUUUAUGUUGAAAACAUAUUUAGACAUUACAGAUGAUGGUGUAAAAAUUUCCCUGGUACGGGAUUGUUGGAGUGAGUCUGUGAGUUCUGAUGAGUACUCUAGUGUGUUCUCAUCAGUUCAAACAAACAAAGAGUAUUGUCCUGUUUCAGAAGAUGUCGUGAGUACCAAGUGUAAUGGCGGAGCGGCCCCUCUUGAAGCGUGUCCGCUGCAGCAGCGGGAAGCUCAUCCCAGAACGUGCGAUGGAACGGAAGAGGUGGCGUUUGGCCCCAGUAUGCCUCGUGAGGCCGCCUCAGAGUGUGUGAACUCGCAGAAGUGUACUUCAAGCUCUCGGGAGUCAUUGCAUUCUGCACACAGCAUUGAGCAUUCUACCCAUGAGGUUGGGUCUUCAGAUGUGGCUUCCAUUGACCACAGAAGAGAUAAAAAAGUAUGUAAGCAAUCUGAAAACAUGAUUGAGCAGACAGUAAUUUCAAGUAGACACUUGUCCGUGAUGACUAAAGAAGUUAGUUCUGCUAGUGAGAGCAUUUUAACACAUUGUUCUCCAGAGUUGCAUCGGAAUGCAUCUGCUAGUUCAGUUGUUAGGCAGGUAGAUCCAGACAGGCAUACUCUGGAAAUAAACAGUAAUAGUCUCCAACACUGCUUUUCACAUGUACAAAAUGGAGAUGAUAGUGUGUUUUCAGGAUUGCCAUCUGAGGUAACAUAUGAGAAGACGGAGAAUGUUGACUAUAAAGUUAAACAGCGUGUUAAUAGAAAGCUGUCUCGAAAGACAAGGUCAAAUAAAAGAGUUCGUAAGACUGCUCGUUCUCUAACUGAGGAUGUAUUUGUUCUGAAGGAAAAUGUAGAAAGCUGCUCAAACCAUGAGAAACAGGAGGACUCCAUGAAUACUCGGCUCAAAUCAUUAGAGAUUAACAGUGUAGUGCCGGCACUGGGAUCAAAUGAGUCUAGCAUACAGCAGAGUGAUAACUCGAACAUUGUUAGAUCUGAAGGUACAAAAACUGCUAUUGUCAACGGUGAACUCUAUGUGUAUGUGAGUGGAAAUGAUACUUCGGCGAAAGAUAGGGUAGACUCUCUUGGCUCCAGUGAUCCCCUGGAUUCACUUUCAGAAACUGACACACACAAACUAGAAUCAGACAAGGCUUGUAAAAAUGUACCGAUUCAACCAUUGGGAGACGUGCAGAUUGAAUGUUCUCCAACCAAAGUUGAGAAACCUAAGACUGUGAGAACUAGCAAAAGCCAAAGAAGUGAGGAAUCUAGUUUAGGGAAUUUCUUCACAAAAAUUGAGUUGAAACCUGUAGGAAACAAAGAUAGGAAUAUCACAUCAUCACUUUGUAACCCUGAAUCACACAUCUCAGUGGAAGAAUCUGUUGACAGUAUGAGGCCCAAUUGUGUCACUAACUAUGGGAUGAAUGUUGUGCAGAAAAUCAGUGCUAAAGCAGCUAUGUCUGCGAAGUUGAUCGGUACUGCAAACAAAGCUCAUCCACCUGAUAUAGCCCCAAAAUACGUGACCAAAGAUAACACUUCUGUACUCAAGAGUAAGAAAAAACAUUCAGAAAGUCAGUCAUCCAAACCAAGAAAGGAAGCUUCUGUGAAAAAUAAGGAGCUGUUCAAACCAGACAGGCGAAAAAAAGUAGUGAUCUCUUCGAAAAACUCUUCUUUAACAAAUGAGCGUGUGUCACCUGUGCUUGACAGUGUUCCGUCUAUUUUGAAUCCUUCCGAAAAGGAGAUUUCCGCCAAGCCUGUGAGUGGUAGUCAGAAACAUACACAUUCCUCCAAGCCAAACAACGUUGCAAGUGGAAGCAGAAAAAUGGGAGUAAAACCUCUUCCACUGUUGAACCCCAUUCGGAAAAGUAAAUCUGAUGCUGUAGGAGAGAAUACUGCAAAUCGCGUAGCGGAACAGCAUUCACUAGAAGAAACUGUCAGUAGUGUAAGUGAUUUGAUAGUAUCGGAUGAGAUUUCUCAUCGGCAAGACAAAAAUAAUCUGAAAGAAGAUCCAGAAAGGUUGGAUUUUGUCAGUGUGAUUGGUCUGGCUUCUAAAGGCAGUCUUGUUCAAAAAGAUGCACACGCCAUACAAUACCAAGUCACCAAAAAUUACCUAUGUGAUGGCUCACCAGGUGUUAGUGAAAAAUGUCGUCUGUCAAAUAAUACACCUUCUGGACCCUGUAAUAGUGAUUAUACAGCAAAUAAUACAGUUCCUGGAAUACAUAGCUCCCGUAGAGACAACAGUGGUGAUGGACGGGACAGUGCUGCAGGCAGAUGCAAAAUUAAUAAUAUGUUGUCUGAAAAAACAGUAGCUCAUUCUCCAGGACCUACUUCAAAUACAAAAGAAUCUGAGAAAGCUCGAAAUUCAUCUUCCAUCCUUGGUGAUAGCUUAUUGCCUGUAUCGCUGAAAAGAAAGUCACGUGUUGUAUUGCCUUCAGCUGCUCCUUCUUCACCAGAAGUCCUCCCAAAAGUGAGGCACGAGUUGAAACAUGCCUUCGUGAAGCUCUCCAAGAAGUUGCAGUUGCAGUUACGGCCGCCACAGCCAGUUGUCGACAGGCCAAAGAGCUCCAAGCCCCCUCUGACCUCGCAGAUAGACGUAACUGAGACAGUGACAUCAUCUCUUCCGACUGAAGCUGUUAGCGAUUCUUUCCUUGUCCCGUCCAGCUUCCCACAGACAAGGCGAGACCACAAAGUGCAGUGCCGAACUGCACCUAUCGAAGUGGACGACAAGUUUAGUGAUGAUGAUGAUGAUGCUAUUUCUUUGUUUGCAUCUUCGGACAUUUUUGGGCCCGAGUUUGGACAUGAGGUAAAGGUCACGCGAAUUGGCAAGACACUGCUGCCAGCAUUCCUGAGAGGUUCCGACGAUGAAAGUGAUGAAGAAGAGGUGGGACGCAGCGAAAAAAAGCAAGAAGCUGUUGGUUGUAACGAUGCAGAUGUUGGUGCCACUGCAGAAUGUGUGGGACACGACGGAGGAGAUGCAGUGUUCAGUGAGGACGACGAAACAAAGCCUGCCGACAGUGGGAGCAGGGAGGCCACGCCCAUUUAUGAAGGUGAUAGUGAUGCUGACGAUCACACUCACGUAACCGAGCCGCUGUCAAGGAAUUUUGGAACAGUAAAUAGCACAAACCAGUUGGUAAUAAAGUGUGUUGAUUGGCAGCCGGGUCGUGCCGAGACUGCUAUGGACGUACCAGCGGGGGGAACCAAGCCCGUGCAAGAUGCAGUGAUCCCUGAAAGUCGAAUUGUAAGAGAGAGUACAGGAACUAUGAUUCAAAGACGGCAGGGUAUUUGCAGUCUGACAGGAUUACAUAAAGAACUUCCAGUACAAGGCAGCAUGUGUGGUCCAAGAAGCCAGUCACAGGAAUCACACACAGGAGCCACACAACCAUACAAGCAGAGUCCUAAUAAAAGUCAGUCACAGAAAUCUCACAUGGGAGUUCCAGUACAACAAAGGCAAUCUUCUGGAAGCCAGACAUCUAAUCCAGUGCAAGUCAUGUAUGGUCCAAGAAGCCAAUCACAGAGAAUACAACCAAGAAUUCCAGUACAACCAAGGCAGUCUCCUGGUAACCCAUCAGUAUCUUGCACAGAUAAUCCAGCACAAGUCACUCAUGGUCCAAGAAGCCAAUCACAGAGAAUACAACCAAGAAUUUCAGUACAACAAAGACAGUCUCCUGGAAGCCAGUCAGUUACUUGUCAAUAUAAUCAAGCACAAGUCAUGCAUGGUUCAAUAAGUCAAUCACAGGAAUCCCGUACAGGAGUUUCAGCACCUUUCAAGCAGAUUCUUAGAAGCCAGUCACAGGAAUCACACAUGGAAGUUUCAGUACAACAAAGACAGUCUCUUGGAAGCCAGUCAGUUACUUGUCCAUAUAAUCAAGCACAAGUCAUGCACGGUUCAAGAGGUCAAGCACAGGAAUCCCAUACAGGAGUUUCAGCACCUUUCAAGCAGAUUCUUAGAAGCCAGUCACAGGAAUCACACAUGGAAGUUUCAGUACAACAAAGACAGUCUCCUGGAAGCCAGUCAGUUACUCGUCCAUACAAUCAAGCACAUGUCAUGCAUGGUCCAAGAAGUCAAUCACAGGAAUCGCGCACAAGUGUUUCAGUUGCUGGAAUGCGGUCGCAUAGUACCAUGAGCGCAAGAUUUCCUCUUGUGGACAAAUUUGAAAGGAAAUACUGCAGCAGUGUAAUGGAGACAGGCAAUUGCACACGUCGUGUGUGCAGCGACAUUCAUACAGUGCCAAAGUUCGACACAUCUGAAAGAGAGGGAAUAAUGAAAAUGUUGAAGGAAGCACAUGAAAAGAGCUUCAGCCACGCCUUCGAGGAGGUGUUGGGCCAGUUCCUGGCCGGGGUCGGCGAGGAGAGCGAAGGGCUGCCGGCGGACCGUCGGUUCGAGGGAGCGUACGAGGCCCUGGGCUGGAUGCUCGACGCGCUGCAGGCCUGCGGCAUGGACUGUGGGGAGGCCGCGAACAGGAUGGCGGCUGCCUUGUGCGACAGGAAGACGUGCGUCGGUCCCGUGAUGAAACAGUGCAUCCUGGAGCUGGUGGCGGAGCGUGAUGUGGUGUUUGAAACGUACCAGCGUGUGAGGAUGGUUACCGGUGACUACGCAGAUGUGGUGUGUAGUGUUCACGUCCUGGAAAAACAUAUGUCCGCUUGUGUUUCCAGGCGUCCCCUGGAUGUGGAAUUUUGCAAAAUUGUUGUAAAUUUGUUUAAAAUCUUUGAUCUUCAGAGUGAUGGAAACGUGAAAGUUAAACCGGAGUUAAUACAAACAUUUUGUCGUGAUCUUGAAUCGAUUGGACUUGGUGGUGAUAUACCGCGGCACGUAACCAACCAUCUUCAGGUUGGUUUGCCGAUUGACAGGACAGCAGAAAUGUUGGAAAGUAAUAAAGAAUACUUUACGCCCACUCCGAAAUCUAUAUGUUCGAGAACUACAGUGCUUGAGAACCACAAUGAAGCUGUUGGAAGUAAACUAACUUUUGCUCGGCCACACACUUCCGACGUGAAUGGUUCGCUCUCGACAAAUCACGCGAGAGAUGUUAGUCAAAAUUGUGAUUUGCGAAAGGUUCUCGAAGCUGGGAGGAGGAAAAGAACUCAGAUGUCUGUCGGAUGCAGAAGCAACUCCGUGGAUGUUCAGUGCUCUGCCUCGGACACGUCGGAGGGUCGGGUCUCGACGGGCAGCUCAAACACACAGAGGAGCAGCCCGGCCAAACCGAGCGUCAUCAGCACGCCGACCAGAGUUUCCGUCCUUCCCGCGCAGAGCGCCGUGCGAACCUCGACACCUCUGCGCCACCCCGAGGCUCCAGCGGUCGAACCCCGCACACCUUUCCGGCCCAAGCUGAACAGGAGGAGCUGGCCGCUUCUCGGAGACGUGCUCCCUGGCCCCUCGUCCGGGCCGUUGCUGCCCAGGCCUCUGUCGCAAGGGCCUCCCCUGGAACCACCGAGGCUGCUCCCACCCCAGCGACCACUGCUGCCAACUCCGUGCGGCCCCGUCUUGCCCGCACGGCCAUCGUUCGUGCAGCAGGUGGAGCAGAAGUUGCGUCACGACCUGGACUUGGUGCAUGACUGCCUGAUCCGCGGGGACUACCAAACCGUGGCUCGGAUCCUGGACGAGCGCAAAGCCACACCCCAGUCCUCGGAGAUUGCGCGCCAGGCGUACCAAGUUCUGAAGGACGAAGUCAAUAAGAUGACGACGCACUACCCGAAACUGGUGGAAGCCGCAGUGGCGCGGUGUUCAGACUGCGUGAUGCGGGCGUGCCUGGCCCUGAUCGGAGUCUCCUCCAUGCUGUACCUGUGUGGGCGCCACAAGUGGACGGCAGCCCUGGUCAUCCUCAACGCCAUGUACCAGGCCCAAGUGGACCCUCACCGUGUCACGGUUGAAGAAGAUGGGGAGGUGUGUUCCCCCACGCGCUGCACAAUUGGUUGCUGCGAGGUGUUGAUGAACAAUCGCUGUUGUGUGAAGGCUGCCAAGCUAUUAUAUGACUUCCGACUGCUGAAUCCCGACCCCGGGCUGUGGCUGCUUGCGCACCGGGGGGGCGACACGUCCAUCCGGAAUGAGCUGUGCAAGUACCUGUUCCAGAGGAUCAUAGGGGAAGACGUGCUGGAGGCGGUGAAGUUCUUCCAGACCGUGUACGACAGCCAGUCGUCCUGCGGGGACCCCAUUGACAUGAAGACGGGCUUCAACGACCUCCUGGUGGGGCUGCUGGACGGCCAACGGCACGCUCUGGCGCUCGACCUGUACAAGAGGUUCGUCCCGGAGGUGGGGCGCGUCGACGACUCCACGGUCCGCGCGAUGCUGUGCAUUGCCGUGCAGGAGGGAGACCUGACCUAUGCCGAGGUCAUCUGGCGCUGCCUGUGCUUCCGGGGCGUCUACUUCCGGUCCAUGGGCCACGUCAGCAGCUGCGUGCAGGUGAAGUCGUUCUGGCUGAAGGAGGAGAUGUACAUGGCGCUACGCCACCACUUGCAGCAGCUGACGGACAAGUUCACGCUGGAGACGGCCGCAUCCGCGCCGGAGGAGGAGUUCAAGAUCUACCUGGUGGUGCAGAAAGAGAGCGUGGCAUACGACGACGACACACCUGCGAUGCUCAAGGCCAACACACUGCAGACGUACGCAGUGGAGCGUGCCAAGAACGUGCUGCGCUACAACUUCCAGCCGAGAAUCAGCUUCCUGCCGAGCGCCUCCAACCUCGCCCACACACUAGUACUGAGCCCCGAGGAUGUGAGGAGCUACGUGAUCAGCACGCUCCGAGGCUGAAGCAUCGCGCAGUGGUUGGAGCGCACCAAGAACGUGCUGCGCUACAACUUCCAGCCGAGCAUCAGCUUCCUGCCGAGCCCCCCAACCUGGCCCACGCACUUGUACAGAGCCCCGAGGAUGUGAGGAGCUACGUGAUCAGCAUGCUCCAUGGCUGAAGCAUCAUGCAAUGGUUGGAGCGCACCAAAAACGUGCUGCGCUACAACUUCCAGCCGAGCAUCAGCUUCCUGCCGAGCCCCCCAACCUCGCCCACGCACUUGUACAGAGCCCCGAGGAUGUGAGGAGCUACGUGAUCAGCACGCUCCGAGGCUGAAGCAUCGCGCAGUGGUUGGAGCGCACCAAGAACGUGCUGCGCUACAACUUCCAGCCGAGCAUCAGCUUCCUGCCGAGCCCCCCAACCUCGCCCACGCACUUGUACAGAGCCCCGAGGAUGUGAGGAGCUACGUGAUCAGCAUGCUCCAUGGCUGAAGCAUCACGCAAUGGUUGGAGCGCACCAAGAACGUGCUGCGCUACAACUUCCAGCCGAGCAUCAGCUUCCUGCCGAGCCCCCCAACCUCGCCCACGCACUUGUACUGAGCCCCGAGGAUGUGAAGAGCUACGUGAUCAGCAUGCUCCAUGGCUGAAGCAUCAUGCAAUGGUUGGAGCGCACCAAAAACGUGCUGCGCUACAACUUCCAGCCGAGCAUCAGCUUCCUGCUGAGCCCCCCAACCUCGCCCACGCACUUGUACAGAGCCCCGAGGAUGUGAAGAGCUACGUGAUCAGCACGCUUUCAUGGCUGAGGUUUGUGCAAUGACUGAAACGUUUGAAACUACUGUUUUUGUACAUUUCCACAAUUAUUAUUUGCAGCACAACCAUUACGAUGUAAUAACGGACCAAAUUAGCUGGAAGAGUUCUGUGUCUUGUGCAGUACCAGGUGUCCAGACGUGUGUAUUCCUUUAGAGGACGCAUUACUGAUUUUGCAAGCUUGCAAAGUUUGGUCUGGUGGACAACUUGAUAUAUUCGUUUUUUAAAUAUAAAUUUUGUUUGUGUUCACGUUUAAUGAUUUACCAAUGCUUUUGAAAGAGCACUACAUAUGUUUCCUAUGGAAUUGAGUAAAGAUGUUUGUUCAUCUUGAAGUAAUCUUAUUAUAUGUUAACUUGUUUAUUGUAGGACGUAAUUAUAGAUCAAAUAUAUUUUACAUCUUAAUAAGCUUUUGCUUUCACAUUUUAAGUCCUAAACUAGCUCUACGUGUGUAUGUGUUGUGUCAGAGAUAAACACAUUUUUUACAUGUGUGCUAUUAUCUUUUUUAAAACUUUUUGAAGUGUUUGGUACUUGAGGGGUACUAUUAAUUAGUAUAUCUCUUAAAUUAACAAUAAAACAUUACCAUGUUACACAUGCAUAAUUCAAUAGUAGUUUUUUAUUUUUCAGUCUCAUUAUUAUUAGUCUUAUCAUUAAAACAUUUUUCAUAUUGCAUUUCCUUUCGUUCUUAAAACAUAAUUUAUGAUUGACAAAAAUUAUUUUACCUCAAAAUAAGUUUAUUUUAAAUUAGCUAUAUGUUAAAUAUUUUAUAAAUUGUUAAUCACUUAAAAUAAGUUCAGUGAAAAUUUUUAUGUUCUAGGAAAUUACACAUUAGGGUUUUUACUCAUUAAAUGUUUUAAUUUGUGAGUUCAUUUCAUGAAUGUUACUACAGCAUUCUCCUGUAUUUUAAUGGAAUUGCUUCUCUGUUAUAUAAUGGCUUCUUUGUCUUUAUCAUUAAUUUUGCAAAAGUGAAAAAAAAAAAAAAAAUGGAGUUCAUUUAUUCUACUAAGGCACAUGUGCAUUGAUAACACUGUGUGGUGAGUUGUAAUACCCUUAAUCACUGCAGGGGCAGGGGACAUUGUAGGCUUGGGGGGGAGAGGGGUUUGUGUGAAAAAGUGUGACCUUGCAGUGUGCAUAGUUCUCAGCUUCGCACUUAGUCCAUUUAACUGUCAGCCUGUAAGUUUUCACAUAAUUUUUCAGUUACAAAUCUUGUAUCAGAGUAGUACUGUCUAUCUACCCUUAGAAUCACACGAUCGUGGCUACAACUAACCACGGAAAACCACACAUUCAGAGAAGAACCUAUUUACGAGAUGUAAAUAAGGUGUGAAUGUUAGUGGCAAUCAAGCAAUUUUUGUUUAUAUAAGUUGAAAAGAUUAAAUUAUUUUUUUAAGUAAUUUAUUUAUUUUUGCUAAAAUGCUGAAAGUGUAAAUUCUUUACUGUUUGCUGAGAUGCAGCAAAUCAGAGUUGUGUUUUUUGUCUCCGUGAUUCAGCCGCUGCUGUCAUACAUGAUAACAGGUUAGUAGCACGGCCGUGCCCACUCAGGUCACGGCAACAGCAACUGGUGAGUGCCAGGCUGGUGCUUCGUCGCCACUUGAGCAGCACGCCCAGCUUCGAGUCCUGGUGUAAGUGAUACUGGAGCAGGGGCAGAUGUUCCUUCUGUACUUUUCUGAGCACAUGUUCUGGUAAGACCCUGCUUCCGUGUGUCGCAGCACUUGCUCAACUGAUAGUACCCCUUCCUUGUAGCUGCUGGUUGAGUUUUUUUUUUUUUAUGUGUGCAUGAAAAUUUUAAAUGAGCAUUACUGAAGUGUGAUGAUCAAUGUUGCUGUCAUCUAAGGCAUGUUCUUAACCAGGAAUAUACCUAAUUUCGUUUAUGCGUACUGUUAAGCAACUUUUUUUUCCCCACUUAUAUCUGUACCAUUUUCCUACGUAUACACGUAAGAUAUAAUUUUGUGGUAGUGUCCUGUAGCCUGUCAGGGUCACGUGUAAAAUGAAGUUACGAGCUGUAACUUAGCAGUGCAACAGAAUUUGAAAUUAAAGUAGAAAACUUUUGUUGUAGGUGUUCAACAUUAUCUGGACUUGCACUCUGCACUGUUUCUAGUCAGAAUAUUGUUUCAUUCUUUAAAUUUUUUUUAGUCGAAGGAAGAAUAUGCAUAAAUCAGAUAUGAUUAUCACUACACUUAAGAAUUUUGUUUGCAUGACUUGUAAAUGUUCAUGUUGUAGUUUCUUAAUUUUGUUUAUAUGGAUUUUUCUUUAGUUUUACCUUUGGUCAUUUAUAAUUUUGAUGACUGUUAUAUGUGUAAAAUGAAGUAUUUUUGUAAUGUUCAAAAUAAAAGUUUUG